AUGGGAGAGCUGUGGUGAGGUGAACUAGUGCUUCAUUAACUCAUUUUUACAGCUCUAGAUGCUUCAGGCGUAUCAAGUAAAGAAUGUGGGAUAUGGACACUUUGAUUUAAAUGGGACUAAAGGCAAGGAUGAGUUUUUUGUACUUCAUCCUCCCGGCGUUGGGAGGAUACACCCUCACCUCACUGUAUCUGCUGAAGAACCCUCAUAUUAUCCACAAGAGGAAACGUACAGCCUUCUACUGCACGCACAUCUCCCACAGAGGAGGAUGUGGAGAGAGGAUAGAAAGCACAAUGGAGGCGUUCACACAUGCAGUUGAGCAAGGCACACAGAUGAUAGAGCUGGAUUGCCACUUGACACACGACGGUCAUGUGGUCGUAUCGCACGAUGAGAACCUGCUGAGGCAGACGGGCCAUGACGUCACUAUCUCCUCCCUUAAUUUACAGGAUUUGCCUUUGUACAAGGAGAGACUGGAGGUGACAUUUAAAGCAGGUCACUACAGCAGUGGUGCGGACAGGCAGUUUGCCCUGCUGGAGGACUUGUUCAGGAAGUUCCCAGCGAUACCUGUCAGUAUUGAGAUCAAGGAGAACAACAGUCCGCUGAUAGAAAAGGUGUCUGACCUGGUUAAGCGUUACAACAGGGAGGACAUCACAGUGUGGGCAUCCGUGAACUCCAGCAUCAUGAAGAAAUGCUGCAGAGUGAACGACUCCAUGCCGUACAGUUUCAGUAUGAACCGAGGAGUGCUGCUUCUGCUGCUCUUCUACAGCGGCCUGCUGCCCUUUGUCCCACUGGGAGAAAGUUUAUUACAAUUCUAUCUGCCUCGUGUCAUCAAUAGGACGUUUAUUCCUGAGAAACGCAUCUUGAGGAACAGCCUUCUUGUCUCUUUGUUAGAAAAAGUGACUAUGAGGAGGAGUCUUUUUAAACACCUCGCAGCUCGUGGAAUUCAGGUGCAUUUGUUUGUGUGCAACAAAGAUGAAGACAUAAAGGCUGCAUUUGAAGUCGGAGCCACAGGUGUUAUGACUGAUUAUCCGUCUCUUCUAACCAGCUACCUCUGCAGAAACAGAAGCCAGGAUUGAUCUUUGACACAUCCAGUCGACUAAUAAAGAAAAAGCUCUGUGCUCAAAAACACACAUCCGCACACACACAAGGAAUGUGGCCCAUUUCCUCAACCAUGACAAAAUUAGUCAGAAAUUUGCUGCUGUCAUAACACAUCAAAACAUUCGGCCCAUUAAUCUCACUCCCUAAUCACAUCAUUGUAUGUAUGGAAUUAUCUGUCUGUGGUGUGAUAUGCCUUUGUCUUAUUUCUACAGCCUCCACCCACAUUUUGAGACACAGCCCAGAGGUUAAAUAUCAUUGAUUUCUUUUUGCCCAGCAACAAAUCUCACAGUGCUAGUGUGUUUGUAUAUCCAGCUGGACUAUGUAACCUCAUUUUCAUGAUAAGAAAGUAAAUGUGACUUUGUUUUGACUGUG